GGACGGGGACGGGGACGGGGACGGGGUCGAGGCGGUUCAUGGAGCGGGAGCCGGGCAGGAUGGCGGCGGCGGCGGCGGCAGCGGCGACAGGGCCGGGCCUCGGGCUGGCGGACAGCGACUCCCGGGACCCGGAGCGAUGUUUCGGGGUGUUGCGGCUGCGGGAGGAGCGGGGCCCGGCGGCCGGGAGGAGGGAGGAGGAGGAGGAGGAGGAGGAGGCCGGGGGGCGGGGGGCCGGGGCCGGGGCCCGACCCUACACACCGGCGGCAACGCAGCGGCAGCGCCGAGUCGACACUGGGGGGAGCGGCCGGGGAGCACCGAGGGAUCCGAUGGCCAUUGAACGAGCAAACCUGCUGAAGAUGGCGAACCUGAGUGUGAAAGGACUGAUUGAGUCGGCCCUGAGCUUCGGACGGACACUGGACUCGGAUUACGCGCCGCUGCAGCAGUUCUUCAUCGUGAUGGAGCAUUGUCUCAAGCACGGGCUGAAAGUGAAGAAGUCUUUCCUCGGACAGAACAAGUCACUAUGGGGCCCCCUGGAACUCGUGGAGAAACUCUGCCCCGAAGUUGCGGAGAUUGUAACAAGUGUGCGUGACCUGCCCGGGUUAAAAACCCCGCUGGGCCGAGCUCGGGCCUGGUUAAGGCUUGCCAUGAUGCAGAAGAAACUGGCGGAUUACCUACGCAUCAUUGUCUUCAGGAAAGACCUCUUCAGCGAGUUCUAUGAAGACCACGCGGUGAUGAUGGAAGAGGAGGGAAUGGUGAUCGUUGGACUGCUGGUUGGACUCAACGUGAUUGAUGCUAACCUGUGUGUGAAGGGAGAAGACCUGGACACCAUGGUUGGAGUUAUUGACUUCUCCAUGUACCUGAAAGGUGACAAUGACAACAACGGAUGCUUCGAGAGUGAUGGACAGAUCUCUGCUAUCCUGGAUCAGAAGAACUACGUGGAAGAGCUCAAUAGACAGCUGAAUUCUACAGUCGGCAGCCUGCAGGGCAGAGUCUCAUCACUCGAAACGGCAAACUCUAAACUGAUUGAAGAGUUAGCAAUUGCUAAGAACAGCAUCAUCCGCUUGCAAGAGGAAAACCUCCAGUUUCGUAACGACAACGUUGAAAUGUUAUUCACAGCCCAAAAACAACUCGAGUUGGAGAAACAGAGCAUGUCGGAGGAGCUGGAGGCCUGCCAGGGUUGUCACCCCGGCAUGGAUGACGUUUACAACGAGGCACAUCGACAGCUGAGGGCUGAAUCCCGCUUACGCCAGGACGUGGAGUGUGACCUGCUGGUGCAGAUCAGUAUGAAGCAGGAGAUAGAGAUCGCCAUGAAGCUGCUGGAGAAAGACAUUCACGAGAAGCAGGACGCCCUCGUCAGCCUUCGGCACCAGCUCGAGGAGGUGAAGGCCAUCAACGUGGAGAUGUUUAAGAAGCUCAAGGGCUCCGAAGAUGGUUUGAAGCAGAAAAGCGAGAUGAUGAGCCAGCUGGAAGAGAAGACCCACAGCGUGACCGCCGCCAUGAAGCAGAUCGAGCAAAGAUUGCAGCAAGCAGAGAGGGAGCAGGAGACGGCGGAGAAGGGAAGCUACAAGUGCAGGCACGAACUGGGAGGCAAGGUGGAGCUGUUGCAGAGAGCGAGUGACCAGAAGGAACAGCAGCUAAUACAACUGGAAACUGAUUUGAAGAUCGAGAAGGAGUGGAGACGGGCUCUGCAGAAUGACCUGAAGAGAGAGAGGAACACCAUCUCGGAACUGAGAGCGCAGACACAACAGCUGAGCGCCCUGAAAAAGGAAUUCCUUGGGUUACAAGAAGAGAAUGGACAGCUGCAGAGAAUCUGCAAUGAUCAGGAGCAGGCAUUGCAGGAACUGGGCUACAAACUCAGCGAGUCAAAGCUCAAAAUUGAGACCGUUAAGGAGGCUAACAAGGCACUGCAGGGGGGUUUGGUGUGGCUGAAAGACAGAGAUGCUGCGUGCUGUAAGCUAUGUGGGAAGGAGUUCUCCAUCAGUACAAGGAAGCACCACUGCAGGAACUGUGGGGAAAUCUUCUGCAACGCCUGUUCUGACAAUGAGCUUCCGCUGCCCUCCUCUCCAAAGCCUGUGCGUGUGUGUGACACCUGCCAUGCGCUGUUGCUACAACAAUGCUCCUCCAACACCUGAACAUCCCAGAGGCAAGUCUCAGUUGAGGCCUGGUCUUGCACCAGUGGGCAGAAUUCAGAUCUUGUCGCAACUAGGUCUUUAACAAAGUCCAUGCCAGUCUCCAUGAAAAAAGAGUGACUUUUAAUGGUGCUUCUUUGUAAUUAGAUGAACUUUCGUCCUCGUUACUGCUCAAGAGGAAGUAUACAGGUGCCAACUCAAAAAGCUGGUGUAAUCAUUUUAACAGCUAUUUUGUACUCACACUAUUAAUGUAUUUAAUUGAUCACUAAUGCACUACUUUUUGAAAGUUGAACUUUUGCUGGUAUUCAAUUUAUUUGUGCCUUCCUUUCACAUUGCAUGGAGGACCAAAUAACAGAAUCUUUAGUUUUGAAACCAUCUAACCAUCACAAUGUGAAGACAACUGUUCACUAGCAUUAAAAUUAGUCUUUGAGGAUAACUCAAUCCUUGUGUUAUAAUGGUUUAAAUAGGUCUUGUUACUUAUGUACAAAAUAAGAGCUGAUUUAAUUGAUGCAUGAACCAUGUAUGAUAGUGGCAAGACCACCAGUUGUUUGUCUAUUGUAGUGAUUUUCCUUCCAGUUAAAUGUAGACAAGAUACCUUUUUUGUAAUGGAAAUAGGAAAUGCAUACUCGAUAUAAUAGUAAAGCCAAAAUGUAAUUGUAA